UCAAAGCCGUUCCGUCAGUGUUUUCAGACGCUGAGGGAUUGCGGCUGCGGCGGGCGGGUCUUCGAUUUGCACUCUUAGAGGCCGCGGUAGCAAAGAAUGAGCGGAAUUCUGAAAAAGGUGCUGUGUCUGAGGAACAAUACCAUUUUCAAACAAGCCUUUUCCCUCUUAAGGGUUAGAACUUCAGGAGAGAAUCCUUUCUAUUGUGUAGGUAGCAUUCUACUGAGUUCCUGUCGGCACUACAAGACAAAGCCUACCCACGGCAUUGGGAGAUACAAGCAUCUGAUUAAAGCACAAGAGCUCAAGAAGAAGAGGGGAAAAGUUGAAGUGAGACCUAUUAAUCUGGGGACAGAUUAUGAAUAUGGGGUUUUAAACAUCCACCUGACUGCAUAUGACAUGACCCUGGCAGAAAGUUAUGCCCAAUAUGUUCACAACCUCUGCAACCAGCUCUCCAUUAAAGUCGAGGAAAGUUAUGCGAUGCCUACCAAAACCAUGGAGGUGUUGAGGCUGCAGGACCAAGGCAGCAAAAUGUUCCUGGACUCAGUUCUUACCACCCAUGAGCGAGUGGUUCAGAUCAGUGGUUUGAGUGCUACAUUUGCCGAGAUUUUCUUGGAAAUAAUCCAAAGCAAUCUUCCUGAAGGAGUCAGAUUGUCAGUAAAGGAGCACACUGAAGAAGACUUCAAGGGAAGGUUCAAAGCUCGACCAGAACUGGAAGAACUGUUAGCCAAGUUGAACUAGCAAUUGUAGACCCUGUCGUGCCAGCACUGGUCAUACUGAGUGCAAAGAAGAAGUUUCCUGGUUGAUCAGAAUAAAGCAGGAAAUUCUGACCCUUAGAUUUCAUAGGUACCCAUUACCACAGCCAGGAAUGCCUUCUCUACUCUGUGACAUGGCUGUGCUUGCCAGUUGUUACCACUUACCUGCGAGCAACCCUAGUUAUCUUCUAUCUAAUAAAAAUCUGCUACUACUGCUGGUAUGUGU